CCGGGACCGAGCUGCAGACGCACCGAGCGCCCCGCCCCUGCCCGGCCGCCCGCCCGCCGCCGCCAUGCCCUUCUCCAACAGCCACAACACGCUCAAGCUGCGCUUCCCGGCCGAGGAUGAGUUCCCCGACCUGAGCGGCCACAACAACCACAUGGCCAAGGUGCUGACCCCCGAACUGUACGCGGAGCUGCGCGCCAAGAGCACGCCGAGCGGCUUCACGCUGGACGACUCCAUCCAGACCGGCGUGGACAACCCGGGCCACCCGUACAUCAAGACGGUGGGCUGCGUGGCAGGCGACGAGGAGUCGUACGAAGUGUUCAAGGAUCUCUUCGACCCCGUCAUCGAGGACCGGCACGGCGGCUACAAGCCCAGCGAUGAGCACAAGACCGACCUCAACCCCGACAACCUGCAGGGCGGCGACGACCUGGACCCCAACUACGUGCUGAGCUCGCGGGUGCGCACGGGCCGCAGCGUUCGCGGCUUCUGCCUGCCGCCGCACUGCAGCCGCGGGGAGCGCCGCGCCGUCGAGAAGCUCGCAGUGGACGCCCUAUCCAGCCUGGACGGCGACCUGGCGGGCAGGUAUUACUCGCUUAAGAGUAUGACCGAGGCGGAGCAGCAGCAGCUCAUCGACGACCACUUCCUCUUUGACAAGCCUGUGUCACCGCUGCUGCUGGCCUCGGGCAUGGCCCGGGACUGGCCCGACGCCCGCGGCAUCUGGCACAAUGACAAUAAGACCUUCCUGGUGUGGAUCAACGAGGAGGACCACCUGCGGGUCAUCUCCAUGCAGAAAGGGGGCAACAUGAAGGAGGUGUUCACUCGCUUCUGCAACGGCCUCACCCAGAUUGAAACUCUCUUCAAGUCUAAGAACUACGAGUUCAUGUGGAAUCCUCACCUAGGCUACAUCCUCACCUGCCCGUCCAACCUGGGCACAGGGCUGCGGGCAGGUGUGCACAUCAAGCUGCCCCACCUGGGCAAGCACGAGAAGUUCUCGGAGGUGCUCAAGCGGCUGCGGCUGCAGAAGAGAGGCACGGGCGGUGUGGACACGGCUGCUGUGGGUGGGGUAUUCGACGUCUCCAAUGCUGACCGCCUGGGCUUCUCGGAGGUGGAGCUGGUGCAGAUGGUGGUGGAUGGUGUGAAGCUGCUCAUUGAGAUGGAGCAGCGGCUGGAGCAGGGCCAGGCCAUCGACGACCUCAUGCCUGCCCAGAAGUGAAGCCCCGGCCCGUGCCCGCCACCAGCCCUGCUGCUUCCUAACUUAUUGCCCGGGCAGUGCCCACCACGCACCCCUGGUGCUCGCCGCCUGGCGGCUGAGCCCCUAGCCUCGCUGUAGACUUCUGUCGCCCUUGGUAGAGUUUAUUUUUUUGAUGGCUAAGAUGUUGCUGA